GAAAACACAGCAUGAAGUGUACUUUUUUAAUUGCCUUAUUAUUCAGCUCAACGGUUAACUUGGAUUUACAGUUUGGAUGAUUUGGUUUCUCAUCUUCUUCUUGUCAAAUCUAACAUAGAUGCAAAGAUCAAAAUCUAUCAAUUUGGUCACUGAGAUGGGAAAUACUACAGGAAUCUAAGGAUCUUGAAAGGGCCCUUUUAGUUUUUUUGGGGGAAAAAAGGGCCCUUUUUUGGAGCAUAAAAGGUGUCAAAUUUGCAAAUUUUUUUAGAGGAUGAAAGAGCUGGUGGGUAGUCCAGGAAGUGUGAGUGGAUUGUUUUUGAGACUUGGCCAAUGUUUGUUUGCAGUUGGGUCAAUUGUGUUCAUGGUUUCUGCUUCUGGGUUCUCUAAUUACACUGCUUUUUGCUAUUUGAUUGCAUCAAUGGGGCUUCAAGUAUUGUGGAGUUUUGGACUUGCGUGUCUUGAUGUGUAUGCUUUGAGGAUAAAACAGGAUCUUCAUAAUCCAGUCUUAGUGAGCCUUUUUGUUGUUGGAGACUGGGUGACAGCAACCCUAUCACUUGCAGCUGCAUGCUCGUCAGCAGGGAUUGCUGUUUUGUAUUCAAAGGAUUUAAACUUCUGCAGCAGUUCAUCGCAUCUUCCAUGUGGCAGAUUCGAGCUCUCUGUUGUCUUGGCAUUCAUAACCUGGUUUCUUAUAGCCAUUUCUUCCCAUGUGAUGUUUUGGAUCCUGGCCACAGUUUAACAUUUUAAGCAUUGGUUGCCCUCACAAGAUUAUUCCAGUCACGACCUUCAAGGACCGGUCUCUUGUAAAUCUAGUUUCACAAUCUUGUCACUGUAUCUUCCUUAUCGGUCGUACUGGAAAUUCUUCUGAACUGGUUGAUUGCUUGGAAAACCUGCCACUUAAACAGUUGAACUCGUUCGAGUGUAAAUUAUAACGUCUGAAUUGUAGUUUUUACUUACUGCAAUUCAAUUGUAUUCAGGUCUGGUGGGAGUCUUGAUAGUUUCAGUUUAGCCAUACAUGACCUGGACAUUUGAAAAUCAGAAGUUGAAUGCCAUUGGACACUGUGGAAAAGCACAUUUCUUUCUUUUAUAUGUUCA